GAUUGUCAUGAAAGUGAAUCAUCAUGAACUGGGUUCGAGAACAAAACGAAACCCGCGAAGACUACCUAAAUGGAGAGACGCCCCAGAGAAAAACCAGCUGGAAAGACGGCCUCUGCCAAGGAAAGACGUUCGGUAGGCUGUUCCUCUUUCUGAUGGCCCUCAGCCCUAUUUUAGUGUACUACCUAGUAGUGGAUGAAGGCACCUUCACACGCGAGGAUUUGUACACUUGUUUGGUGAACGACACCUUCCGUGUGCCAUGUGGAAGGAAAAAUUUCACGGAUAAGGAAUGUCUGCAGGCGGAUUGUUGUUACGAUACGAAAAGGAUGCGGUGUUAUCACUCAGUGCCGUCUAGAUAUUUCUACGAAGCGAACGGAGGAGACUUCCGGGCAUCUCACGAGAAAACUCCCAUCGGGACGCUUUCCUCGCAAAAGCUGAAAAUAUCAGUGGACGAAAUCAGCCCCGACACAGUCAGAGUAAUUCUCCACGGAGCGAAUGAGACUGUGCCGACCAACACUUUAACAAACAAAAACUAUACGGUGAACGUGCAAAACAGAAAACUCCAGGUGGAAGUAUACCGCAACAAUGCGGAACAGGAUCGCCUACUCACCACAUCUAACGGGCCGCUGAUGGUAUCAGAAAAAUACUCGGAAUGGACCCUCUACCUGACCAACCACUCGCUCUUCGGCCUGAAUAGAACCUUGCUCACCUUCCAAGAGAAUAGGCAAGUGGAUCCAGUAGCCAAUUCCACCAUCACCAAAGUGAUAUACAACAACAAAAACGACCACUAUUCGGUGCCAGUGUUUUGGGCGUACGCCAACGGGAAAUUUCAUGGGGUACAAAUCAAGCACGAAGGUCCUUUGGAAAUCGAAAUUCUGCCUUCGUAUCUGGUGGUACUGAGGAGUUUGACAGGCGGUACCAUCGAGCUGGUUUUGUCCGUAGGGCCUACACCGAAGGAUUUGCAUGAUCAGCAGGCGACGUCUACUUCCGUAGCGCCGUUUUGGUUGAUGGGAACGCACAUGUGCAGGAAUUCUGAGAACCGGAAUACUACCCAGGUCAUAGAGCAAUUCACCAUGGAAACUUACGCAGAUAGUUAUUGCAUAGACGAAAAUAUUUAUAUGGCUCUAAUGAUCGAUAAUUUGACAAAUGUGAAUAUCAUCAAUGAAACUCUCACUGCACUGAGUGAACAGGGAAAAAAAUUCCUCUUGUCAGUACCUCCACAGUUAUCUGUGGAUUCUGGAUCGCUGUAUUCGAAAGCAGCUAGCUUAGAUCUUUUGUAUCGACGUACUAACGGCACAAUAUACACAGGGAGGUACCGAGGUGCCACCGUCGCUUAUCCCGAUUUCAGUCACAGUGGCAUUCAUGAAUAUUUGUCAGAAUUCAAUAACUUCAUUUCCAACUACUUCCACAUCAAUAUCGAUGGAUUCGUCUUGAAAGAUAACUGGCCAAUCGACGAGAGUUAUGUGAUGAAAGAUAACAGCACGUUUCCAUAUUUUACUGAGGAAAUGCAAGAAGCGAUGUCCUAUACGAUACCGUGGAAUGCAACUGUCAACAACAUUUCGCACAUUCUCAAGCACAAUUCGUACGGUCGCUCUCAAACACUAGCAUACAAUGAUUACUACAAUAAGAGCGAUCCGCAAACGAUGAUUUUAUCAUCGGCCAAAAUGUUCGGACAAACGCAAUCGGUCACUACGAUCCAAAAUGUCGAUGCUUCUUGGGACAAUCUGGGACAGUUCAUAGAAAAUAUUCUUUUCAGCAGCAUAACGGGGAACCAUUUAGUGAGUGUGCCAGUCUGCGGGGACACGACGGCCUUCGAUGCGGCCACGCAAGAGAAGUUGUGCAUCCGCUGGUACCUGGUAGCCUCCACCAUGCCCUUCCUCAGGAUAUCCUCCCCUUCUCCAUUCAGAGACCCUGCCAGCCUCGAUUCCAACUUUGCGACUAGCACGAUCGAGGCAGCUAUGGACAGAAGGAUGGCGCUGUUGCGGCACUACUACACUAUUCUCUACAGGAGAAGAUAUGUAAAAAAAAUAGAGAGCCGCAUUAAAAAUCAGAAAACUUUAGAAAGAACACCGCCUCGAUUAUUCACACAAAUAUCUGAUGUCAUUAGGAAUGAACCGCUCGUUCGACCGAUGUUCUACGACUACUACGAAGACACAGCCACCUUCCCUCUGACCGACCAGUACAUGAUAGGCGACAGCAUCCUCGUAGCGCAUGCGCUCACGCCCAACAAGAAGGUCAUGCGCGUCUAUCUGCCGCCCACAGUGGGCGUGUGGUUCGAGAUGUGGAGCGGCAAGGCCCACUCGACGAAUGCGACUGAUUCUUGGACUGAUGUGAGCGUCGUGGAGACCGAUAUGGUGAUGUUCGUCAAGCAAGGAGCCAUAAUACCGUUGACAUGGUGCCAUAUCAAUUUAUUAAAACUGAAUUUGAAUAAAUGUCAAAAGAUAACAUUUUCACGAGGCCUCGAUCCUAUUGAUCAUAUUUACAGAGUUAAUGACACUAAUUUAUCGGUAACCAAUACAAUCAAAGACUUAGGAGUAAUAUUCGACUCGAAAAUGUCCUUCAAACAUCACGUAAUAGAAACAUCAUCUCGUGCUCGUAAAAUGCUAGACUUUUUCCUUCGUUCUUCUGAAGAACUAUCUGUUAAUGCUGUUGAAAUUAUUUAUUGUGCGCAGGUUGAAAAUGAGAUAAACCUCAUAGUGGCGCUGAAUUGUACAGUGGAGCCAUACGCAUCUACGGGUACUUUACUGUUAGACGAUCUAGUGUCGUUUACUGCCGACAACUCUUCAGUCAACAUAUUCAAUAUGCCGAGCCUUAACUGCAACUACACCUUGGGAUACAUAAAGCUGUACUCGGUCGGAAGACCUAGUACUUCUUACAGGAAAAAUGAAAAUAUGUGCGAUAGAGGAGCUAAUUUUACUAUCACUUACGAGGAAAUUCCAACUUCGACAGAACCUAUGUCGACAGAAUCUAUGUCGACAGAAUCUAAGUCGACAGAAUCUAAGUCGACAGAAUCUGAGUCGACAGAAUCUAAGUCGACAGAAUCUAUGUCGACAAAAUCUACGUCGACAGAAUCUACGUCGACAGAAACAUCGUCUACUGUACCGUGAAUAUCACGUUAAAUUUGACUAUUGCUAUAUAAUUAAAUUAACA